GCUGCGUUAAAAGAAGAUGAUAUGAAAGAUAAUAUAUGUAUAUCACUUAAGGAAGAAAUGUCUGGGUCUGAGAAUGAAGAUGUGACUUUUAGCGAUGAAGAGUCAGAAUCAAGUCCAAAAAAAUUAAUCAUGAUUGAAAAUAAUAGUUUACCUAUCAUAAAACCUUCAGCAAAAGUAAAACUGAAAGAUAAAAAUUCAUUACCAUUAGACUUAGAUAAAGAAGCUUUACAGACCUUGGGAAAAGAAUUAAGGCUCGAGACUGAAAACUUAUUCUUUGAAAAAGAUAAUGAAAGAAAAUGUGAAGCUAUGGAAAAAAUUGUGCAACUAAUUGUUCAAGAUGAUGAAAUAUAUCCCGAUAUUUUAGCUGCAUUAGGUUCAUGUCUUAGUUGCCUAUUAAAAAAUCAAAUUGAAGAAAAAAAUUUUCCUUCAAUAUGUAAUGAUGAGUAAGUUCAUAUUAAGAU